AUGGUUCUUCUUUGCAUUGGUGCAAUCUCGUUUGCAUCAGCAGACAGAUGGAUGGCUCAAGUAUAUAUACAACUACGAUGUAUACAGACAGACUAUCACACGUCAUUCACUGUUGCUCGUCAUCUAUUUGAAACUGACGACAUAACGAAGAACAUUCAUCAUCGGAUUGUUACAAGAAGCUGUAGCAUGGGGAUGGGGAUACGGAUCUAG